AUGGCGGCGACGUAUCCACAUAUUGGCGGCGGGAAAUUUGAACUGAGACUACCGCCGAAUCUGGCAAGGGUCAAAGGAACAAUUGCCGAUGAAAUAUUGUCACCGGUUGCUCAAGAAACAGUUGCCGAUGAAAUAAUGUCACCGGUUGCUCAAGAAACAAUUGCCGAUGAAAUAAUGUCACUGGUUGUUCAAGGAACAAUUGCCGAUGAAAUAUUGUCACCGGUUGCUCAAGAAACAGUUGCCGAUGAAAUAUUGUCACUGGUUGAUCAAGAAACAAUUGCCGAUGAAAUAUUGUCACCGGUUGUUCAAGGAACAAUUGCCGAUGAAAUAUUGUCACCGGUUGCUCAAGAAACAGUUGCCGAUGAAAUAUUGUCACCGGUUGCUCAAGAAACAAUUGCUAAUGAAAUAUUGUCACCGGUUGAUCAAGAAACAGUUGCCGAUGAAAUAUUGUCACCGGUUGCUCAAGCAGCACUUGAUGUAGAAACAUUUUUACCAGCUGUCGUUUGUGAAAACAUAGACGGUGGAAAGGCACCAACAGUUAUCCAUGAAACAUACGGUGAGGAAAUCUCAUCAAACGAGCCCAGUGGAACGAAUCGCUUAGAUCUGUCACCGCUCGGCACAAAUAUAACGACCGGGGGAAAAGCUCAAUCACAGGAUCAUCUAAUAACUGAUACAGCAAUAUCAGCGCAGAACACUUUAUAAACAGACACUCUUAAACCUGAUUAAUAUUAACUGAUCCGUAGUAAAAUUUGAACAUUGUAAAAAUUGUACGAGUCAUUUUGAAAGAAGAGAGUAUUGUGUGGAACAUUGAAGAGAAACAUCAGUUACAUGUAUUGGAAAAAAUAUCAACCCCGACUCAAUAGAAAUAACUAUUUAUGAGGGACAUUAAAUGACAGGACCAGUGGCAGACAGAAAAGUCUUUUAGUUGCAUGGAUAUCAAUACCACGACUAACGAAACAAAGUUUUACUUGAGUGAUCUAAAAUAAUUGAUGCACAAAAUUGUGUCAGUGUAUCAUGUAGCGAUUGCACUCCAUGAUAGACCCGUUAUCUCAUUAAAAUGUUACAAGGGAGA